GUGUGGAGGCUGCGAUGCCCGAGGGUGUGGGUGACAGGAAGGUGCUGUGGGCCCUGGUGGUGUUCUCACCGGGCCCUCUGCCCCCAGCACUGCUGCUGCUCUAUGAUGUCACCAACAAGGCCUCCUUGACAAUAUCCAGGUCAGUGUUUUCCCCCCUUGUGGUGGUCGGAACAGGCCAUGUCGGCAUUAGGGUCCCAGAGGGCUGAGCACCCUACUGACAGGGAGAAGUGGCCCCUCUGGCGGCUCGGGGUGCCUGAGAGCCAAACGGGGUCUGGGGACCUUCUAGCUCUGUCAAAGGUACUUGUCGGCGAUGCCUCAGCCUGGCACGGGGACCACUAUUUCUGGGCCCCUCCCGUCGGCCAGAGCCCAACAGGUGCUUUGUGCAGUGUGGCCUGGAGGGGCAAGGGGCACGCAGGAGUGCCAGGCUCCAGCUGGCCUCAGCUUGCCCCCCAGGCCUGGCUGACCGAGACCCAGGAGUACGCCCAGCAUGAUGUGGUGCUUAUGCUGCUGGGGAACAAGGUGGACUCUGCCCAGGAGCGUGCGGUCAAGAGGGAGGAUGGGGAGAAGCUGGCCAAGGUGAGCCAGGGCAGGGUGGGUGGCCAGCGGUGUCCCUGGGGUCCAGGGCUCGGGCUGUCCCCACCAGGCUGCCACCUGGCUGGCAGCACCUGUUUGCAGGAGUAUGGGCUGCCCUUCAUGGAGACCAGUGCCAAGACAGGCCUCAACGUGGACUUGGCCUUCACUGCCAUUGCAAAGGAGUUGAAGCAGCGCUCCAUGAAGGCCCCCAGUGAGCCCCGCUUCCGGCUGCACGACUAUGUCAAGAGGGAGGGCCGAAGCGCCUCCUGCUGCAUACCCUGAACUUGGGAGGGCCCUGAAAGGCUGGAUGGAGAUUCCAUAGCCCCCGCCCCCCAAUUCAAUCAUCCCGCACUCAAUCCUCGGAUAUCCGUUCCUGGGACUCCAAGACGGAGUCUUACCUUUCCCAGAGGCUCAGGCCCAAGAGGCUGUAAGGAGCCAGUGGAUCUGCACCUCCCUUCACCUGCUGCUGCCUGAGGGCCCUGAAGGAAAAGCAAGGGUCUUGGGUACAGGAGGGAGCAGCCAGUGCAGGUCCCUCUGCUGCCCCCUCCUGGACACGCCCAGUCUUGAGGCCGGGCCCCAGUGCCUAACCCCUAGAGAAAGCCUUGUCUUUGGUUGCACACACUGUCCAGGCAGGGAAAGCCAGGACUCCUGCCCGUGCCUGGGCCGAGGGCUGCACUGCAAACCAUACCAUGCAUUUGUGCCCCAAGGACCAGAGACACCUGCUUCCAGCUCACACACUAGGAGACUCUGGUUCCAACGUCAACACAGACCUCCUUUCUUGCUACCUUGGAGAAUGCCAAGGUUGGGGCUUUGUAAUAGAUGAACAGCAUGUGGGAAAUCACAGAAAGUCAGAGAAACUAGAACUGCCAGCCUCACCGAGACCUUGCGUGGUGAAGUCAAGCCAGGGGCUGGUAGUGCGCUUCAUGUACUCAAAUCUUCAAGUCUAUCUUCAGAUUAAUAAGCUUUGUUUUCAGUUCUAGUGAAUAAAGUUGUGUUUUCUGG